AUGUAAGAAAAAAAAAGCAGAGAUUAUUUAAUAGAUUAUGAUGAAGAUUUAAUAUAUGAAAAAAAAACUAUGAGAUAAACAAAUUGGAGAUGGUAUGCAUUAUUUUUAAUGUGCUUUAUGGUAUUAGGAUCAUAUAUGUGUUAUGAUUUUCCAGCAAUAUUAAAUUCUUAAAUAUAAAAAGAUUUAAAAUAAACAUCUACAAGUGUCAACAUAUUAUAUUCCGUAUAUUCACUUCCAAAUAUAGUUUUGCCUUUAUUCGGUGGUUAUUUAUUAGAUUAUUUAGGAAUUCGAAAAGGCAUAUUUAUAUUUACUUUGAUAUUACUUUUAGGACAAUUCACAUGUUCAAUUGGCGUUAAUAAAUCAACAUAAGAUUUCAAGUUAUUAAUUAUUGGAAGAGUUUUGUAUGGAUUAGGAGGAGAAGUAUUAUUAGUAGCAUAAAGUAUAUAUAUUUAUUUUCUAAAUAUAAUAAUAAUAAUAAUAAAUAAAGGUACUAUUAUUAGUAAAUGGUUUAAACAUAAUGAGCAAUCAUUUGCUUUUGGCCUAAGUAUUACUAUUAUUAGAUUAGGAUAAGUUUUCGGAGGUUUUCUUUUUCCAGUAUUUCAGAAAAGUUAUAAAUAAUUAUUUUAUCCGUUAAUUUUUGGAACCAGUAUUUGUUUUUUUAGUUGGAUAUGUGGUUUAAAGUUGAUAUAUUUAGAUAGAAAAGCUGAUUUAGAAGAAUAUGAUAUUAAGAAGAAAAAAAUUGGUAAUUAAUUAGACGAUGAAAAUAAUUAGUAAUAAGACAUUAGUAUAAAAAAUAAUUAUGUAAAUAAAUCAGAAGAAGAAUAAGAAUUAAAAUUUCUUUAAAAAUUAAAAAAUAAAAAUAAAACUCUAAAGGAUACUAAAGUAAAUAUAAAAGAUUUAAAACUUUUGAAAUUUAGCUUUUGGUUAUUAUCUUUUUCUACUCUUUUUUUUAUUCUUCUUUUUAUUGUUUUCUUAUCAAUCUUUAAGAUUAAUUAAUUAAGAUUUAUUUUUUUGCAGAAGAUAAGGCAUGUAAUUUUAAAUAUUAUAAAAUAAUUUAUUUUACAAUAUUUAAUAUAUUAUUAAAAUAAAGCUUAUUUUCUUAUAUUACCUUCUUUCAUAGGAGCUGUUUUAACUCCUAUUUUAGGAUUAAUAAUUGAUAAAAUAGGAAAAAGAGUAUUAUUUAUAAUGAUUUCUUCUUUGAUAUUAAUAUUAAGCCAUAUUUUAAUCUUAGUAUUAUCUCCAGUUUAUAAUAAUGUAAUCAAAUCGAACGCAGAUUAUAUAGUAAUAAUUCCUUUGACUUUAUAUGGAAUAUCUCUUUCUUUAAAUUGCGCUAUACUUUGGCCUUGCUUUCCUAUUAUUUGUAAAGCAAAAAUAAUAGGAAUUGCUUUUGGAAUUAAUACCUGUGUUUAUAAUGCAGGUUUAGUUAUUGUGCCUAUUAUUGCAGGUAAAAUAAUAGAAAUUAAUAAAGAAAAAUUAUUAGGUUAUUUUUAUUAUUAGGUAUUCUUUAUUUUUUUAAGUUGCUGUAGUUUUUUAAUUAAUGCAUUUAUGUAUUUUUAUGAUAUUAAAUAUAAUUAUAAAAAACUUGAUAAAUCUUAUUUUAAUUAGCCUUUAAAUCCAGAAGAUAGUUAUUUAAAAAAUUCUUAAGCUAUUUUCGUGCGUAGAGCUUUUAGAAUAUGA